CGCGGAAGUGCACAGCCAAACCAACGAGUUGAGGUCUUUUUUUUAUGAAUACACCCACCGAAGAACAACAGCAAGAGGUCAUGUACGGCAUGGCAGAGAUGCCCGAUCUCAUACCACCGACAGGUGCUUUACAACCCAGUCCGGUGAUCCCGUACGAGCUCGGACAGGCAGGGCGAACCCGACCAGACCUCCUGUCCGCCCCGCGAAGAGUGCAGCGAGCCCCCAAACUCGGGCAGAUCGGGCGCUCCACGAGAGUGGUUAUAGAUGACGAGGACUUGGAUGAUAUCAUGAACAAUAACAGAAGCUUCCCGGCGUCUCGGAGAGUAUCACCCGUUGCCUGAUGCGUGACUGUGCCAAACGACUGAACCGAACUCAAAUCUCACACACACACACACACACUUGUCGUCACCUUCACUGUACAAGCUUUUACAGCUUCCGCCUCUUCGAGGGCGAACGAGAGAACUGUGGACUUGCUUCCGGUUCACUUUACGCUUGCUCGUCACUUAACUGAUGUCCGAUGAUCCUGAUGAUCUCUAAUGCAACAGGGCUAUAUUUAUUAAAUUUGCACUUUACAGCAGAAUAUGAAAGCUAACCUCAUCCGGUUGGAUUACUCAUCUCCCAAAGAGGACAUUUUUCCUGUGAAACUCUGUUCACG